AUGAGCUCAUCUACCAUUGCUGCUACUUCUUCCACAUGGAGUAAUCUCACCUCCUUCGUUGCUGCCCACAGAGCCGCCAUUCUUCUCGGCUCUGCCGCAGUCGUUGGCUCUGCCGCCGGUGCUUACUAUAUUUACAACAGCUCUGCCCCAGGAUCUAAGCCUAAGCCCAGCAGUAAGAAGUCCAAAAAGUCCAAGAAAACAAAGAAAUCUGUCGAAAUCCAAUCGCAAGACCUUACCAGUAACACUUUUGCCGGAUUUGACCUCAUCUCCAUCGACAAUAGCCCCAAGUUCCCUGACAUUCCUGAGGACUACCGCAUCAGCGAUAUCCCUGAGGAAGAUCGCAAGGCCAUCUCCCAGCAACUUAAGGUUGUCGGCAACCACUUCUACUCGGAAAAGGACUACAACAAGGCUCUCCAGUUCUACAACAAGGCUAUUGCCACUUACAACGAUGCUAUCUUCCAUGCCAACCGUGCUGCCUGCUACUGGGCUAUGGAAGACUACGAGAGUGUCAUUGAUGAGUCUACCAAGGCUCUUGAACUUAAUCCUUCCUAUACCAAGUCCUACAUGAGACGUGCCCACGCCUAUGAGAACCUUAAGAAAAACGAAGAUGCUAUCCUCGACUACUCUUCUGCUCUCGUCCUUUCCAACUUUUCUGAUCAAACAACAAACUCAAGUGUUAACCGUAUGCUUACCGAAACCGCUGAGCAGUCUGCCAAAUCCUACCUUGAGGAGCACCCCAAGCACUUCCCCUCGCCUUCUUUCUGCACCGCCUUUUACCGUACCCUUACCAAUGUUCUUAUCAUUCCUGAAGCUCUUGAGAACGCUGAGCCUGAAUCCGCUGACUAUGAUGUUAGACUUGCUCUUGAAGCUGUCCGCAAGGGCUCUCUUGAGUCUUACGAACAAGCUUACGAACUUCUCAACAAGGCUCUUGAAAAGGAAUCUGACGGUGACAAUAGCUACAUUGCCUUUGCUCACCGUUCCGUCCUUAAUCACCUUCGUUCUGAUCUUGAGGCUGCUAAGGAAGAUGCCACCAAAUCCAUUGCUCUUAAGGGUAAUGUUCUUGCUUACUUGAUUCGCUCUUCUGUUGCUCUCGAGUCUUCUGAGCUUAGUGAUAUUAAGGUUCAGCUGUCCCAGGCUGAGGUCUGUGACCCCCGUUCGCCUUAUGUCAAGUUCCACAAUGCCCAGCUUUACUUCUUGAUGGGCCAGUACAAGGAGGCUCUUAUUGCCUAUGAAGAGGCCAUCACCAUUGACCCUGAGUUUUUGCUUGCUCGUAUCCAGAAGCUUGUUACAAACUACCACCUUGGUGCCAUUGAAAAGGCCCAUGAGGGAUUCAAGGAACUCCAGGAGCUGUUCCCUCACUCGUUCGAAGUUUUCAACUAUGAGGGUGAAAUUUAUCUUGACAGCAAGAAGGUUUCUGAGGCUAACGAACUCUUUGACAAGGCUGUUUCUGUUGUUAUGGAGCAGAACAAGAAUGGCAGUGUCAAUGUGACUCCCUUGGUCAACAAGGCUCUUGCCUUCUUUAACGAGGCCCGUGCCGAUGAGGCCAUUGAUAUUCUGCGCAAGGCUAUUGCUCUUGAUCCUUUGUCGGAUCUUGCUUACACUACCUUGAUCCAGAUCUACUUGCAGAUGCAGCGUUCUGAGGAAGCUUUCAAGUACUUCCCUAAGUCUUUUGCUUCUAUCCGCACUCUGCCAGAGCUCAUCCAACAGUACACUUUGUACUUUGCCACUAAGACCCAGAUCCGCAUGGCUAAGGAGCGUCCCUUCCUGCAAAAGAAGCUUGAGGAAUUCCAGGCUAAGAACAUGGCCAUGGCCUAUGCUCAGUCUAUGAGCGCUAGUGCUUAA